AAAUUAGUUAAUUGGUAGUCUUUAUCAAUCGCGUGACGUCUUCAAGAUAAACGACAGCGUGUACCACCAGCUAAUGCCAGUCUUAGUGAAAAGUUUGAAAGGAAAAAAGAGAGUAGCUAUUACUUCUUUUGUGAUCAAUGGUAAUAUGCAUGAUCUAGAUUCUAGUGAAACAGUCGAGAGGCUUAGCUGGAAUAUUUAGGUGAGAUCGCUAGAGGGGCUUGAUUUAGCCAUUAAGUUAUUAGUUCUAAGAACUUCUCAGAAGGUUGCGCUUUGCCCAGAAAAACUACUCUCGUGACGAGAUUUUUCUUAUUAGUUAAAUGAGAUUCAAAAGAGUCAGUUUAUUUUAUAAAAAAGAAGAAAAAACGAACUUUGAAAUCCUUCAACUUGUUAUUGUGUAUUAGUUUCUUCCAGUUUCUUCAGAAAAGGGUAAGAAACGUUAACCGCCGAGCUGUACUACGAGUUUGGUGGAGUUUUAAGCCGUGUUACGUUUCUUAUAAAAGCAGCCUUUGUUUUGUGCUACAGUCUAUACGUCUACUUAAAUGUCAUACUGCAAAUAUAACUGAACCUUCGUGUGUUAUUCCAUUUUAAACAUUAGUUAUGUCUUAUACUAUGGUACGUUAAAUGUGAAUUUUUUUGUCGUGAUGUUGGGAAUCAGACGUUUGGUCAUGGUUGUGGAUAUUCAGCGUCAUUUUGUGCAUUGUUUUGUUGAAAGCUAAACGUGAACUAUUGUUUGUGAAGUAAAUGCUGAUGAAAGUUAACUACGAAGCUUUGCAGCUCACUACACUACAAGGUACACUUAUGAUUUGUGACUUAAUUAAGUUUGCUGUCAAUCCGAUAAUGAAACUUCAGUCUUUGUGUUCUAUUUCAGCCUAAAUUGAACGUUUGUUUGCACGUCAACUUUCGUCAAUAACUGAUGUCGAUUUUAAGUCAACUUCUUGUCUUGUGUUCCAAGACCAACUUUAUGUUGCUGCUGAGCUAUUGGUUAAUUAAAGAUCCGCUUUGACUUUUAUCUUCAGCUUGAAUGUACGCCGCUAUUCAUGGCAUAAUCUUGGUGCAAUGUUUUAUCACGUGACACCAGUAUAGUUUUAAUUUCACAUGUUGCAAUGAUCGUGCAUCAGCUAGCUUCAUUUUAACAUACAAGACUAAGGUAACCUGACUGUUGACAAGGGAGUAAGUAGAGGGAUAUAAAUAUAAUGUUAGCUGUGAGGCUCUUAUUGAACCCUACAGAGAAAGUGGGCAAGAUGCACGAGCAAAAAAUUGAACUUUGUCAUGUCCAUAAGAACCCAAAUAAUCCUUGCAGAAAAGACAAAGAGUCUGCAUACUGCAAGAAAACUUCAAGUAGCAAAUACAACAACCGCCGGAAGUCACGUGAUCUCUCCCACCCCACGACCACUACCUCUAAGAAUACAACGAUAGAAAAAAUUGAAUCGAAAUCUGGGCACCGACCUUUUAAACUGGACGAACAUCUCAUUGAUCCUCUCAACAGAGGAGAGUGUUACUUGGAUGCACAUGACCAAUGGUCACUAAGAGGAAAGUGGGGCUGUUGGAAAACUAGGGAUGUGGAGAGCGAGGAGUGUAACGAGAAUGCCUUACAGAGUACGCCCCUAAUCACCAUCAGUGAUUACAGUUGCCAGAGCAACGAAGUUCUUGUUGAUCCUUCGCUCGACGACAUAGCCAGAUACAUGUCGGCAAAACGUAGACUAUCCACAUGCAGCACGUGCUCUAGCUUAUCCUCACUGUCAUGGGAUGAAGAAAUGACCAGUAAUGACUUUGGUGACCGCUCAGAGAUCGAGAUGGGGGACGGGAACUAACUGGCCUAUGCAUAACUUCAAAAGACAUUUUGUAACUGGUUCAAGCUCGUGCUGCGUUAUUCAUGAGCCUCACGUUUCGAGGUCCACUUUGACGUCAUUAUU